UUGUUGAUAUCAAAUACUGUGGAUGAAAUUGCCUUAUGGAACCCUUCAACGGGAAAAUACAAUAAGAUACCAGUUGUGGGGAUUACUGAAAACCAUGUGCAUGUUAAUUUUGGUUUUGGGUAUGAUGUUACUAAUGAUGACUAUAAGGUUGUUAGAAUUGUGCAGUUUUCCGGAACUGAAAAAGGUUCUUUUCCCUCUGAUGUUAAGGUUUUCAGUUUGAGAUCAAGUUGUUGGAGACGGGUUGAAGAAGAACUUCCUUAUUACCUCCGAUAUGAAGAUCAACCAGGUACAUAUCUUAAUGGUUCAUUGCAUUGGAUUGCUAGUGCUAAGAUGGAAAGACCUGCGAAUAAGUUAGAACCACUGAUUUUUGCUUUUGAUCUUGGAACUGAAAAAUGGGGACUCGUACCGCGUCCCCCUUAUACUGAUACGGGUUUCAUUGUGAGGUUGGUCGUAUUGGGAGGCUCUCUUUGCACAUAUAAAACCUACUUUAUAGAUGAUUGGGAAAAUGGGGAUCUUGUUUUGGACCAUGUGGACAUAUGGGUAAUGAAGGAAUAUGGAAUUAGGGAUUCGUGGGCUAUGCUUAUAUCACUUGAACAGCCAGAUAAGUGUAUUGGUCAUACUGUACUCCCACUUGCAAAUUCGAAGAGUGGAAAGGAAGUUCUUUUGGAGCAAGAUAAUAGGCGAUUCCUGUGGACUAGUAUUGAGGGGGACUCCAUAAAGAUUGUUGAUACUGAAAUUGGGAAUUUACGUGGCUUUCUACAUUUCAAUAGUUAUAUUUAUUUGGGAAGCCUCGUUAACCUUAGUUCCAAUAGUGAUCUGAAGAAACAGUUAAAUCAAGAUAAAGGAGGAAAUAAGAAAGCCCUAAAGAAGAGGGGAGAUGAUUUCCUUUCAAAGGGGUUCAAGUUGAAGCUUUGAGCAAUGAAUGAAGUGAAGAUUCAGAUGGUCAAGGUACCUUCUAUAUAUACCCUCUAUAAAAAAAAUAAGCAGGAUGUUCCUUAAUAUGAUUUUAGAGUUUAAUGGUGGCGUUGAUUUUCUCGAAACUUAAACAAAGCAGCAUUUGAUUCCUGGUAUUACCUCUUCAUUUUCUCUUAUGAAAUUGUUUUGGUGUAUUUCCAUGUUGCUUUUUGCUCAAUGGUGUAAGUUACUAUUUACUCCGUGCUUCUGUUAGUGUGCAGCUUAGUCUUAAAAAUUGUGUUGACAAGGAACUUAAGUAUAUAAGAAACUUAUUUUGGCAACGAUGGGUACAAAAAAUAAUCAUACAGGUCAUGUAAUGAAGUUAACUUAAACUUUAGUAGUCCAAGUGCAACUGAAGAGUCUGACCAUAUAAUUUUCUUUGCUUAACCUGAAGAACUGAAAGUAGCUUUCCACACUGAAGUGUACUAAUUAAAUUGCCUCACUUUUGUUACUUUCUUUAUCUUUGUUUGUUCUCUUCAAUAUUAAGAGUAGUGAUAUGCUAGUCCUUUCUAAGUUUUCAAUGCUUGAUCACAUGAUAAAAUCGGUUGCAUGCUUAAGUAAACUGGAAUUUCUAGAACUUGUACUUCGCUCCUUGUCAUAAUCAACAUGUUAUUGUUGCAUCUUAAGUUGGCUGCUCUCUCUCUCUCUCUCAUGAGUUUUCUCUUAAAAUCAAUCUGCUUGUGAUGUACAGAAGAUAAAAAAGAAAUAUUGAUGAGAAACCAUCAAAUAGUCGCAUAACAAAAUUGAGCCUUUUCACUAUUAUAAAAAAGAAUGGCCUUUUUUUCAUUAGCUCCAAUGACUAAAUAGUCUUCAGAUGGAUGAAUGGUGAAUCAAGAAUGGUAUAUUGAAACCCUUUCACAUUAGAUCAUGAUUUCAGCUGAUUCUAGCACUUGCAAAUAUGUAAUGUUUAAGGUUGCCCAUUUUUAUCAUUUUGAUGUUCUAUAGUUAAUUGCUCAAGUCAUAGAGUUUGCUGCUCCUAGCACAUGUAUUUGACAUUUUUUGGGGGUAAAAGUGACAAGCAUUUCUAUGAAUGGCAUAAAUUCCAUUUGGAGGAACCAGAUUUUGAUUGGUGAACUUUUUAACUGAAAUCAACUACUACAAGAUAGUAGGUCUUUCCUCAAUUAGAGUUUCCAAUUUUCCUCAUCCAGCUUCCUGGUAUGUUUCUUCUCCAUCAAUGACCUCAUCCUCUGGCUGCCUUCUUUUGAGUUAUCAGUAUGCAACUUAUAUUUCUAAACCUUUUAGGUUGGAUAUGGACAUACCUUUGUAGUUUUCUCAUUUUAAUUCAACGAGAAUUAUGUUUUUCCAUUGGAGCAUAAUAUUAAAUUUGAUUAACUGUGACUUCUCUGCAAGUUGUAACGUUGCCUAUGCUAUCCAGGCCAAGAUGGUUGACUUCUCUGCGAGUUGUAAGGUUGACAUAUUUGUGGGGUAUUAGGGCAUUUUAAAUUAAAUAUGCAGGUGAAGUAAUGGAUGGGAUUGGGAAGUUGGUGGCAGUGCUCUACCAAUUCUUUCCUGUGAAUAUGGUUAUAUAAGUAGUUGUUUCUUUUUUUUGGCAGGUUGUGUUUUUGAUGGUUGAACACUGAACGUUGACUUUAACGUCCAAUAUCCCUACUAUCCUUUGAUGUAAAUAGUAGAUACUUAUGUUUUGAUAUAUCAGUUUCCAGUCGAUAAAGCUGAUGAACUGUAUGGAAUUUACAUAUAUGCAUUUGGAAUUGUAAUGGAUUUAGUGAAUGGUCCACUUCA